GCUUCCUCCAGGCGCAGCGACGAUGAGGGCGACGAGGAUGAGCCCCAGGGGGACGGGAAGAAGGACGCCAAGGCCGAUGGCAAACGCACUCGCCAAGCCCCGACCUGGCCCACGUUCGACAAGCGGAUGCGCCCCGCGGAGUUUAAUUCCAUGAAGAGGGACCUGCAGGCACGGCUGAAGGACGAGAUCAAGCACAUCAGGUACAGCAAGGCCUCGCACUAUGUGAAGCCUGAUAAGAUAUUCGCCUUGGUGAAGGACGAUGGUGACGUGUCCACCUACGAGUACGAGGCCAAGCGGAAGGCGCUGAUCGACGAUGUUGAUGCUCUCUCGCAGCAGGUCGAGACUGUCAAAUCGUGGAGGCAAUCGCCAGACAGUAACGCGGCGAAGGGCAAGCUCGUGGACAAGCUCAACGACGUGAUCAAGCUUUCCAAGAACAUGGAGGAGCUCAUCGCAGGCAUGACGGAGGUGAGGAAGCAGCAGCAGGGAGAUGAAUCCAAGGUCAAGCGUAAGGAGACGUCCGCCAUCAACAAGCACAAGGCGUCCUUCCUGCACGAGGGGGUGUGCGAGGUGCUGGCCGCAGAGUUCGCCAAGUCCGCGCGCUCGAUCGACUCGGACUGCCGCUCUUCUCACAUCCAGUUGUUGUUCCCUGGCAUUCUCCAGCCGCUCAGCCCUUCCGAGGAGUGUGCCAUGGUCAGCUGGCAGAAGGAGGCGAUCCCCAAGGAGCGAGUUCCCUUCCUCUUCGACUUGGCAGGCGAUUGUCCGCUCGCAGGGCCGAUUGGGAAAGUCGUGGGGUCCAACGCAGACAAGAUCGCCGCAAAGGCCAAGAAGGUCCAUGCGCUGAUGAAGAACGAUGCUGCCAUGAUUGCCUUGGGCGGCCUGAGCGGAGCUGGCGAGCUCAUUGUCGACGCCGACAAGCCGAAGUUCGAGGGCGCCCCUUGCAUGAACGAGAUCUCGCAGAAGCCGUUUCUGGUUUUGGCGAAGCACUUCGGUUGGGGUUGGGACAUGAACACUUGGCCUUUCGCUGGUUUGCCGAGCAUCGUCGUGACCGUGCAAUCGGCGGCGCUCAUCAAGACGGUGCCUGUCAACGACCUCUUAGGCUCGGGGCUCACGGCCCUCAGCGCGUUGCAGCAGUGGGCCAAAGCGAACAACAAGGGCGAGAGCGCGGAGUGCAUGAAGGACGCGGUGACUGCAAUCGUGCCAGUGGGGUCUGCCGUAUUUGUGCCGUUCGGUCACGUCCCGUUCGCGACAGGGGUUCCCAAGGACGACAAGAGCGAGGAGGUUGCGACGGCGAUGCUCGUGUUCCCUCUGUUCCCGAGAGCCAUUGACCGCUCCGAGGGGGAGAAGGACUGGCAGGUCGUCAGACAGUACAUCGACCAGACCUUCGAGACGCACUCGGAUGUCAAGACGUGGUCGGCGAUCAAG